AUGGACCCCUUUGCAAGGUACCAGCGGUCACCCCAACGGCGCGCUGCAAGUUCCGAACAGAAUCAAUCACAGCCACCUGGUGCUUCAGGAAGCAGUAACUUAGGAAUGGCAGGUGGUGCAGGUGGGGAGGCUGUUGGCGGCCGGACCUCAUCAGGAUCUACUAAAUCCUCAUCAACACGCACAACACCUGAUAAACAACUCUCCCUAAUCGAAAAGAGUGUUACCCAUCUCCUUGUUGCCACAAAAGAACUUCUUGAGACCCUGACUCAGUGGUCAAGGGGUCAGUCCACUGAAGGAGACGUCUCCGACGUGUACGUUCGCCUCGGCUACGAAUUUAACCUCGCAUGUCGCGCUUUCAACGCCAUCGGAGUCGAUACAACAGAUCUCGGUCCUGUACCCGACCUACUUCGAACGAUUCUUGAAGAUACUCUGAGCCAAGAUGCUUCUCCUCAGAGCCUCGAUCGGUAUUUACCGCGCAUACGUGACAUAAUAAUAAAUCUACUUCAUGGAUUAAAGCGUAAACAAGCAAAGUUGCGGUCAAGGCAGGCCAGAAAUGUUCCGCCGCGUCAGGGAAGUCAAGGAAGUGCAGCCAGUGGGGAGACUGCCAUCCCACCUCCCGCUGAAGAGGUCCCCGUACCAUCUCCGCAGAAGCGGCUUCAGGACGCGAGGCAAGCCGCACCGUUUACCGAGGAUCAGUCAUCUUCGCUUGCAAGGAAUGCUUCGUCGAAUUUGUCAGCUAGCCGUCAGGCUGGAUCGUUUUCUGAAAGGGAGGCAAUGAAGAGGGACGCCCAGCGAUCGAUGGGACCAUCCAUGUCGUCGUCGUCCCUUACCAGCUCGACAAUGCAGAGCAUGCCCGUUCUUCAACCAUACGAAAAAGACUCGUCCACUACUCGCUCACAAUCCUCCGCUGGCCAGAGCCAAACCCAUGUUUUUCCACACCCACCACCCCCGCCGCCAAAAACUAACGACGCGAUUGGCAUGCUUCAGCGAAGUGGUGAGCUCGAACGCAGAGCCUCCCGACGGUUUUCUGCCUAUCAGGUACAGAAGCACCUUGGUAUUACAAAUGGCGUUUCAAUGCUCCCAUCGUCACAGACAUCCCAGGUUUCCAGUAGAGGCCGUGAUGUGCGUGAAUCUAUGAACGCUGUAAGGCUUCGGGGUACUCCUCAAAGUCGACAGAAAUCAAGCAGUCGACAAAUGGCGGAGAAUAGCAAAUUACCAGCGACCCCUAAAUCUAAUCUGAGAGCAAAAACGGAAGCAACCCCUGAACCCGUACUAGAAGAUAGCCCAAUGGCGAAAAUGCCUGCAGAUACAACUGGGGUUUCUCGAGAUACCGAACACAAGGAUAUUUACAUUUUAGAAAAGCCGGCCCCGCCUCUACCACAGAUUCCGGAACGAGAUUCGCUCCAGGAAGAUGUGGAUCAAGCGAGCAAGACCGAUACUAGCGGAGCUGAAGGUGGAGAAUUGAAAACCGUUUCAAUGGAUUCGGCCGAUUCGCGGCCUACACAGUUUACACCUGAAAUGUCGCCUGCGCCAUCGAGUAAAGAACUUACUUUAUUUCUUCAGUAUAGAUCAAAAAUCAAAAAAUAUGUUCUCCCAGAGGGAUAUGCUAGUCUUACUAUCGGGAGACUUCAACUCGCCUUUAUUGAGAAAUUUGCUUGGAAUACACACAGUAACGGCGCUGAUCUACCAGAAAUUUACAUACAGGAUCCAAUCUCCGGUGUUCGCCAUGAGCUAGAGGAUCUCGGCGACGUUAAGGAUCGGUCAGUACUUGUCCUAAACGUGGAAGCCCUCGAUGAAGUGAAAAAGCACAUUGAUGAAAGCGUUGGCGGAAUUCGCCGUCUCAUUGAAGGAGUUCGAGAUACGAUGGACGGCCAGGCCACAUCAAUUCAACUAUUGACUGACCGCCAGCAAGAUGCCGCCAAGGAAAUUGCUCGUUUAACCGCUGCCCCGGGAUCUGUGGCAUCUGCUAAUGGUCGAUCAUUGUCUGUUUCCGGGCGAAGUGGGUAUGAGGUGGAGAUCCAGGGUCUCCGUCGCGAUAUCGCCGUCUUACGACAGACUUACUCUACCUUCUCGUCGGAUAUUUCAGCGUCUAUGAAUAAUGUUCGAACGAAAGCUGGUGCUGUGAAAACAGCAGCAGUUGACGUCACUGUACCAUCUUACGAAGGCGAUGCCGGUCGGGCUCGCAUCACCUCUGGCAAGAAGGAACUUAGCGACGAGUCGGAGAAACUUGUCGCUCGUGUGGAUGACCUCCAGGAUCUUGUGGAAGAUCUUCGAAAGGACGUUGUGACUCGUGGAGUGCGGCCAUUACCAAGGCAGCUAGAAGCCGUCGGUCGAGAUAUCAGUGCCGUCACCAAGGAGCUGAAGAAGAUGCAGGACUUCCUCAAACGCGAGAAACCCAUCUGGACGAAGAUUUGGGAAAAGGAAUUGCAGCAAGUUUGUGAAGAACGUGAUCAGCUGACGAUGCAAGAAGAUCUCGCCGUUGAUCUGGAGGACGACCUCGAGAAAGCCACACAGACAUUCGCGUUGGUUGAACAGGCUACCAAGCAGCAAGCCCUCCAAUCCUCUAAUGGCACAAACACUGCUUCUGGUGUUGGUUUUCGAAUACCAUCUCGAUCGCUUCCUGUGGACUCCGGCAUGGAUCUCGUGAAAGCCAAAGACAGCCUACUGGGAGAAGUACGGGCGCUGCAGCCGAACCACGAAAAUCGCGUGGAGGCGAUUGAGCGAGCUGAAAAAGCGAGACAAAAGGAGCUAGAGAGUCGCCGCGUUGGCAAGUUUCAGAAAGAACUCGGGGCUUUUGUACAGGAGGGGAAACUCAAGAAAAGCGGAGGGAUUGAAGAAGCAGAGCGGCGGAGAAUGGCGAAAGAUGAAAAGAUGCGAAAAGAGGUGUGGGAGCGUAUGCAAAAUACGAAUAAUACCGAGGCGGAGAAGGCCUCAGAAGAGGACCAGAAAGAAGAGGCAGAAGCCCCAACAGGGGAACAGGACAAGGAGCCGGAUAACACCAAAGCUAAGGACAAUGUCGCUGGUCCAGCAGCCCCUGAAGGGAUGGCUGAAACCCCGAGGCGUGGCUCGGGUGUAGCUGCGUCUUCGCCUGAUGCUUCUGGUACGUCUGUGGGCGAUGAACAGGCACACUGA